UCAAGUUGGACAAAAUACCAGUCCGUAAGUUGCAAACAUGCAAAAUCAAUAAUCGCUCACACAACAUGUGGGCGGUUCCUACCCAAAACACCAACUCCAAACGGAAAGCCAUGUGGAUGUGAUUUGCCUUCUAUCAUUUAUCAAUUAAAUACAAAUGCAUUUCUUAAAAUAAUAAUAAAUUUAAUAAACUCCUCAUACUCUUUAUUUCAAAAUCAUAGGCGUCGCCUUCAGUCCGGCAUUCCCUCUCUACUACCGAUAUAAAAAUAUCCCCUCCACAAACCACAAAUUUAAAAAAAUUAAAAACAGAAAAACAGACCGUCUUCUUUAUUUAUUGGUAAGGUUAGAAGUAGGAGUAAUUGUAUCACCUCAAACAAAACUAUCAACUACUCUCUCUCUCUCUCUCUUCUCUGUAAGUUGUAAUCCUUUACAUUGUGAACUCCGUGUACGAGGCAUUGUACAUACAUACAUCAUACAUGGAUCCUCAGCUCGGUUCUGCUAACCAGUUCAAGGAGACAUGGAAGCAUACGCUUCUUUUGUCAUUUCAGAGCCUUGGAGUAAUUUAUGGUCAACUGAGUACUGCUCCCUUAUAUGUCUUUGGGACAAUGAAUGCAGAAGAUAUCAAAUCAGAGGAGACUGUUUAUGAACUAUUCUCCUGUAUUUUCUGGACUAUUAACAUCAUUUCUUUACUCAAGUAUGCCUUUAUAGUAUUAAGAGCUGAUGACAAUGGAGAAGGUGGUACUUUUGCUUUGUAUUCACUCCUGUGUAGGCAUGCUAAAGUGGGUCUGCUUCCAAAUGACACAAGUGCUAAUGAGGUUAUGCAUUAUGAGACGGGAAGUCCUUUCAAGAUAAAGGUGGAAUCAAGGGCUAGAAGAGCCAUUGAGAAACAUAAAAGUAGCCACUAUUUAAUGUUGUUCCUUGCUCUGUUCGGUUCCUGCAUGACGAUCGGUGUUGGGGUGCUUACCCCAGCUCUAUCUGUGUAUUCAGUUUCAUCGGGUGUUCAAAGAUCAAUGUCAGAUAUGGCACACUUAUUUUCAUCUUCACCAAGAAAACAGGAGGCCAUAUCAAAUGCUUUUGAGAAAUGUGAGUACUUUGUCAUCAAAGGCACUCUUGCACACAUGUCCAGUAAAAUGGAAAGCAAAGAAACCGGAGAAACUAAAAGGAGAAAUACACACUGCACCUGGAAAAUAAACACAACACAUUCUGAGCCUGUCAAUCAUGAUGGCCAAAGUUUAUCUGAUGUACCAGUUCCAACGGCAUCUGCUAUAUUGGUGUGCCUCUUCACACUACAACACUAUGGGACUCAUAAAAUUGGGUUUAUUUUUGCUCCAAUUAUUGUCAUUUGGCUGAUAUUUAUCGGUGGAGGCGGUAUAUAUAACAUUUUCCACUGGAACAAACAAAUUAUCCAUGCUGUCUCCCCGAUGUACAUGUACAGAUUUGUUAAGAACAUUGAAAUCAAAAGUUGGAGGUCUCUAGGCAGCAUCGUUUUGUGUGUAGCAGGAUCAGAGGCAAUGUUUGCAGAUCUAGGUCAUUUCAGAAAGAAAUCGAUCAAGAUUACAUUUGUAUGCUUGAUUUAUCCAGUCCUUGUUUUAUGCUAUGCCGGCCAGGCUGCAUAUAUCUCCAAAAACUUGCAUGCUGCAGAUUUCAAUCAUCUCAGUGAAUCCAUCCCCCACCGAAUUCGCCACUGGUUCAUAGCAUUAUCCCUUCUUGCUUCAGUUGUGGGAAGCCAAGCAACCAUAACAGCCAGUUUUUCCAUCAUAAAUCAGUGCCUAGCACUUGGUUGUUUCCCCAGAGUAAAAGUUAUUCAUACAUCAGAUAAGAUACAUGGGCAGGUUUACAUUCCUGAUAUCAACUGGCUAUUGAUGGUUCUAAGCCUCGCUGUUACAAUUGGUUUCCAUGAUAUUAUGAGAAUUGGUUCUGCCACAGGUUUGGCCGUAAUUUCUGGAAUGCUCGUAACGACUUGUCUCAUGUCACUCGUAAUUGCCCUGUACUGGGAGAAGAAUUUGUUUGAAUCUGUCUGUUGUCUGAUAUUCUUUGGAUCCAUUGAGGUAAUGUAUGUAUCAGCUUGUAUGUUGAAUUUCCAUAAGGGAGCUUGGUAUUUGGUUGUCCUUUUGGCAUUGUCCUUGACAGUCAUGCUUUCAUGGCAUUAUGGAACCAAGAAGAAGCUCGAAUUUGACUUACAAAACAAGGUAUCUGCAGAAUGGCUUACUGAUAUUAGCCCAGGCCUAGGGGUUACCAGGGUUCCUGGCAUUGGUUUCAUUUAUACUGAUAUAGUGACAGGAAUUCCAGCUUUCUUCUCACACUUCAUUACCAACCUUCCUGCAUUUCACCAAGUUUUGAUCUUCGUGUCGUUCAAGUCCCUACCGAUGCCUUACGUCCCUGCAAGUCGGAGGUAUCUUAUUGGCAGGGUUGGCCCAAAAGAUUUGAAGAUUUAUCGGUGUGUCGUGAGAUAUGGAUACUGUGAUCCUAUUAGGGACACUGAUAAUUUUGAAGAACAGAUUAUUAGUUCAAUCGGAGAGUUCAUUACCAUGGAAGAAAAUGAGUUUGAAUCCCUGAAUUCAUCAGAAGGAAGAAUGGUGGUUGUUGGAAAGCCACCAGCUGAUGGAAGCGCUUUGAUUCCAUUGAAUGAAACAAACUCAGAUGAGGAGUCUGUGAGCUUGGUGAGCAAUAUUGAAACUCAGCUAGCUCCAAUGGUGGCCGAUGCAGUGGAGAGUGGUUUGGGUUCAGUGAUGAGAAAAAAGGUGCGGUUCAUGUUGCCCGCGAAGAGUCCGAAAAUGCGAGCAUCUGUUAGGGAUGAGCUGCAAGAACUAAUAGAUGCAAGGGAGAGUGGCACAGCGUACUUCCUGGGGCAGGUGCAUUUAGCAGUGCGUGAUGGCUCAGACGUGUUGAAGCGCUUGCUGAUCAUGACUUAUGCGUUUUGUGAUAAAAAUUGCAGAGAGCCUCCAGUUGCUCUCAACAUUCCUCAUGCCGCUCUUGUCGAGGUUGGUAUGGUCUGUUGCAUAUAAAGCAUUAAUUGUAAGGCCAUGCCAGACGUUGGGGCAGAGGAGCAAUGAUUUGUACAAAAUCAGGAAAGAAUUCAUCGGAGAUGAGAGGAGAUAUAUAAGAAAACACAUGUAUUGUUUAAGUUUUUUAAUUUCUUGUAGUAGCUCGGAAUCCAUAUAAAAAGUUGACAAGAAAGAUACAAUGAAACCUAAAAUCUGUCCAUAUUGGUGCAUUAUGCAUAUAUAUA